AUGCGUGAGAUCUCGGACAAUUCCGCACUGCUCGUCACAUCCAUGUUGAAUAAGGAAAUAUUGAUAUCCGAUCUAUGGUCUCUAGAUUCACUUGGAAUUCUAGAUCCAUCAGAGAAGAAAAGUAAACUGGAACUUCAAGAAGAAGCAAGAGAUCAUUUCUUGUCUACUGUAAAGGUGAACGAAGAGGGGCGUUUUCAAGUCAGCUUGCCAUGGCUUGAUAACCAUCUACCGUUAAAAGAUAACUAUGACUUAGCUGUAAAGAGAUUAGCUUCUACAGUAAAACGACUAAAAGCUGAGAAACUUUAUGAUGCUUAUGGAGAAGUUUUUAGUGAAUGGGAACAAGAAGGCAUCAUAGAAGAAGUACCAAAAAGCGAAAUUGAUGUAACAUGCCAUUAUCUACCACAUCGACACGUAGUAAAAGAAAACAGUACUACACGAAUCAGGCCAGUGUUUGAUGCCUCGGCCAAACAAAAAGGAUCCCCUAGUCUCAAUGAUUGUCUAGAAAAAGGUCAGAACCUUAUCGAACUGAUUCCUUCAAUUCUUCAUAGAUUCCGAAUGAACAGAAUAGGAGUUUCUGCAGAUAUACGAAAAGCAUUCUUACAAAUAAGUCUCAACCCUAAGGAUAAAGACUAUCUAAGAUUCUUAUGGUAUAGAACUGAUGGAAAACUGAAGUAUUACAGGCAUUGUAGGGUAGUAUUUGGAGUUACAAGCAGCCCUUUCUUGCUAGUUUCUGUAAUUCACCAUCUUCUAGAAUCCACUUUGAAACAACUAAAUGGAAACCCAAAGUAUAAAGUGGAUAUUAUUGAGCAAUUGAAGAAGAGCUUUUAUGUAGAUAAUUUUGCUUCAGAUACUUUAGCUACAAGAAAGCUAGAAUUACGUGGUUGGGAAUAUAGUGACCCAACAGAUAAUUCCUCUAGUACCACAAAUGUAUUAGGAAUGAUUUGGGAACGAUGUGGAGAUUACCUUUGCCUUAAUAUUACUAACAUCACCUACAGUCUACCAGAAAUUUUGUCUAAAAGAGAGAUUUUAGCUACUACACACAAAAUAUUCGACCCUUUAGGAAUAGCUUGCCCCGUAACUCUUGUGCCGAAACUUUUACUUCAGCACCUAUGGGAAGUUAAGUUAUCUUGGGACCAAGAAGUUGAUUCAAAUUCAAAAUCACAAUUUUGUAAAUGGUUGAAUGAUUUGCAGUGUCUGGAAAGAAUGAGAAUACCAAGAUGGUUAAACUGUGAUCGUGAGAUUGAAAAUAUCUCACUUCAUUUCUUCAGUGAUGCGAGUAAACUUGCAUAUUCAGCUGUGGCCUUUGUUCGAGUACAAACAAGAGAUUCGGUUCAAGUUCAUUUGGUGCAAGCUAAAGCGAGAGUUGCACCCAGCGGAAGGAAAAAGACAACAAUAGCUCGAUUGGAACUUCUUGGAGCUACAAUAUGUGCACGUUUAGCAUCCAGCAUAAUAAUACCUGAAUUUCAAGCUGAUGAUAUUUAUUUUUGGACAGAUUCGUCUACUGUGCUAGCUUGGAUACAGAGAAAUGAAGUAUGGGACGUAUUUGUUCACAACAGAAUUAAGGAAAUAAAGCGACUGACUUCUAUUGAAUCCUUGGAGGCACGUACCAGGAUCACUGAAUCCUGCUGA